AUGGAGGAGACAAACGACUCCAAGCGCAGCCGCUCCAACAAGCUGAAUGAGGCCCAGCAUAUCCUGGUCGCCUACCUGCGGGGCUACCACCCCGCGCUGGACGGCUGCUGGACGGACCGCAUAAAAGCGGAAGGAUCUACGGCGCAGAAAUACCGCAAGGUGGUCGUCCCGGGGGCGCCCCAUGGGGCGGCAAGAGUGGUCGGGCAUCUGGCGAGCGGCGCGAAGCACAAGAAGGCCUGGGCGGCGCGCUGCACGGCCCUGGCGCCCGACAAGGGCCCGAGCCCCUUUCGCCGCGAGCUCGCCGUCGUGGUCAGCUUCCUGGCCAGCCUGGGCCCCGGUGCGCUCGCAGCUGCCUCCAUCGCAAAUCUCGCCGAACAAGGCGCCCCUGCUGCGGGCCUGGGCGAGGAGACAGCAACUACGGAGGCCGAGUCAACUGCCGACCCCAUGGCCCAACCCGACGACGCGGCCCAGCCCAAGGAGGCCGACCCCCCCGCGCAGCAUGCGGACCGCGCCCUUCAGGCGGCAGAUCAGGACGUGACAGAGAUCCUCCCUGGUAAAGAGGCAGCGGACUCUCCAACGAACCCAUCGCCGACCGAUAAGGCCGACAGCGAUGAGGUCGAUUCCGGCGCCGACGAGGCCCGUCCAGCGGCCUCGCCGCCACCUGCCGAAGACGCAAAAGGUGCAGCCGAGCAGGAAGGCAGCUCCUUCCAACCUUCUCUCGACGCAGCUGGCGACGCGGCCGUGGACGGCCCUCUCGACGACCCCCCGAGCGCCUUCGGGCAAGCUGCGGCGGGCAAGAGCAGGACCGAGCCCUCCAGCGAGGCGCCGGCCGAGGGUGCGCCCCACAGGAGACACAGCAGGGCCGCCAGCCGUGCCUUCGACGAUCUCGUUGACCCCGUGGACGGAGGCCGCGUGUACAAGGAGGUGCUGAGCAACGUUGACCUCGACAGGUUCGGCGAGAAGCCAGCAGCCAAGAUCGCGCGACGCCAGAAGGACCUGGGAGGAGUGAGUGUGCGAUUUCGGUGGCGCCACUCGUACUGGUUCCUGGUCAGUGACGCAUUCCUGGCCAUCGCAGGUCCAGGGUGGCGCCCCAAGGAGGAGGGCAAGCUCUUCAAGAUGCCGGCCAACUGCUCCGUGCUGCAGUGGGAGUACGGUACGCGGAUGGCUGGCAAGAACUUGGAGUUCCGCGCCACGGUGGCCUUCGUGCUCUCCGGCGUGCCGCACCACGUCGCCGGCGUGUGGCUGCCGUCCAAGAAGCGGGCCCAGCGCGACGCGGCCGAGCGGGCGCUCGGGCUGUACGUCAAGCCAGGGCGCGAGGAGUCAAUCUUGAAGCCGAUCGAGAUCUCGCCCUUCUCCGCGCUUUUCGAGCCGAUCGAGAAGUCGCCCCUCUCCACGCCGAAGAAGGAGCGUUCGGUCGAGAGCUCGCCCUUCUCCACGCCAAAGGUCCCCCGCGCGAUGACCUGGGCGGACCUGACCGACCUCGAGCCUGACAGCGAGGACGGGCUGCAGACGGAGGUGGGCAUCCUCAAGGACUACUGUUUCCAGAAAGGCUCUCCACCACCAGCCUGGAGCUACAAGUUUGACGAAGAGGACGGGUGUCAGGCGUUCGUGGAGAUCAGGCUGCUGGGCGUGGCGCACACGUUCUCUGGGCAGCGGUGUCCCGACCAGGAGAUGGCCGAGGUGGACGUGGCGAAACGGGUGUUGUGGUACCUCGGCGUCCCUGGCAUGGAGGACACCUUCGAGCCCGAUUUCGACUAUGCGCGGGCGGCGGCCCAG